AUGCCAAGGGGGGGACACAGAGGAGGCAUUUAUCCUGUCUCUGGCCUCCCUUGGGGCCCCGGCCAGCGCUACCUCAAGCGCGGGCUGUACAUACGCCAGAGAAGAGACAUCUUUGUCCCCAGAUGGGGCUGGCGGCGUGAGGCUUUUAAUCCGUCUCCUCUCCCAGAUGGCAGCACUAAAACCUGGGAGGCAGACAGCGAUAGGGCCUGGCCCGUGCAAGGGGUGCAGCGCCACCUGCAGAUGUACGCCCGCAAUGCCGCACGUUACUUGCAGCCGGCGUUGCGGUGUACGUACACCCCAGCAGCGGAGUAUAUCUUAGAGAUGCUGGAGCCUUCUGCUGCUAGAGGCCGCAUCUUUAGUGGUAUUGGCUGUUCUGGGUUUGAGGGUUUAAGGCCUAAGGAGACAGCAGGGCCUUCAGGUGUCUCCUCAGUGUCUCCGCCCGUCCCCCUUACCCUUCUUAAUGCGCUGCAGCAAGUAGAAGCAGAAAAAGGAGACACCCCGGUGUCUCUCCGCCGCCUGCCGUUUCUUGAGCAAGGAAGGAUCCGUCGUUUAUGGAGUGUGGCUGUGGAGGCAGAUAUAUGGCGUGGUUGGCCUUGGGGGGCGAGGAGACAGCAGCAGAGUGCGCAGCAGUCUCCGUUAGCUGCUGCUGCAGCCUCUGCGUCUGCUGCUGCUGCUGCUGCUGUGCUUGAGCUGCCCCUCGCCGAGUGUCUCUACGCCCGCAGCAACCACAGACUCAACUCAAGGAGACACCCCUAUUGGCUGCAUCUGCGUCACCUAAAAGACAAAAGCAAAAUACCUUAUCUACACAGGAGACGCGUGGCAAGAGAGAAAAUGUAUGAGGAGACAAUCGGCGCACUCAACGCCUGA